AGAAUAAAUGCAUUGACUUCUUAAAGUAAAACACAUCUGAAAAUAUCACAUAUUUGUUUUUAUUGGUGGUGUUUGGCUUCAUGGUGGUCACCGCAUGGACGUCACAGCAAACAGUUCCCACCCCUAUUCUAGGCUACAGGGUACUAGCUGCGCCUCAAAACGAGCGUACCCCAGCUAGAAAGAAUCCACCCCGAGCCAUAACGGAGCCGACAGAGGGAGAGAAAACAACGACAACAACACAUUAUCGCCGAAUUAUCAUCUAAGAUCACAUACAACAUUAGUUCACGGGUCAUGAUGAGGAAGUUGUGUGAGGUGGCUCUUGUGUCCCUUCUUAUUGGGUUUCUACUGAACACUGAAUCAACAUGGGCUAAAAAAAGCAGCAGCAGCAGCAAGAAAACAUCAUCUUCUAGCAACAAGGGUGGGACACAAUCAAAACCAUCCUCUCAGCCAGGAUACCCCCGACAGCCACAGAGUCCCAAUCGAAACCCCAAUCCUUAUCCUCCUGGUGGAAGUUACCCAGGAGCAGGCAACACUAAUCCAGGAGGAAUUCCCAGACAAAAUCCACCAAGUUAUCCAGGAGCUGGUAGUAACCCCAACCAGUAUCCUGGCAGAGCCAAUCCUGCAGGUUAUCCAAACCAGAACCCCGCAGGUGGAUAUCCAGCAGCAGGAGGCUACCCAGCAGCAGGUGGCUAUCCCAACCAAUAUCCAGGCAGAGCUGGCAACCCACCUAACCAGUACCCUGCUGCAGGAGGCUACCCAGCAGCAGGUGGCUAUCCCAACCAAUAUCCAGGCAGAGCUGGCAACCCAGGAGGAUAUCCUAACCAGUACCCAGCUGCAGGAGGCUACCCAGCUGCAGGUGGCUACCCAGCUGCAGGUGGCUACCCAGUCAGAGGAGGAAAUACAGGACAGGGUUGGGGUCAGCCUGGUGCCUAUCCAGGGGGUUAUCCUGGUGGGGGGGCUGGUGGUUACCCCGGUGGGGGGGCUGGUGGUUACCCCGGUGGGGGGGUUGGUGGUUACACCAACUGGAACCCAAAUAAUAAGAUCCUUAGUCCCCGCUAUGGAGGAGGAGGAUAUGGCGGCGGCCCAGGGAUGGGAGGGUCUCCAUUCUCUCGUUCUGUACAGGGUAUGGGUUACCAGCCCCAGUCUUCAGGUUUUGCCAAAAAAGCCAUGUUGGCAGCAGGCGUUGGUGCUGUGGCUGGAAUGGCCGUUGGAUAUGGACUAGGGCGCUUCCCUCGACCACACUUUAAUUUCCGCAACCCUGAAGAAGAGCAAUACUACAACAACUACAUGUACCGCCGUUAUGGCACCCAAUCUACAGAUGAAAAAGACUAUGGCCGUGAUUACGUCUACAAGCCUCCGCCACGAGCAGAGACUUAUGACAAGUUCAUGGAACGCUGUAUGAAUAGGACUGACCUUCUUAAAGACCAGGGGAGCAGCUCUACCGCGCCUAAAAGUCAGAGUGGAGGUGAUAAUGAUGACACCGUCGGCAUAGAAGAGAUUGGAUACCCAGCCCUAAUUGAGCAAUUGAAGUCCCGGCGCUGUGUUGAGCAGUACAUGGUCUACUCUGAGAGUUUUCUGCAGGAACGAAAAGCUGAACAACAAAUCGAGCCAAGAGGCAGCAGCCCUCCGAGCUACGGGGUGAUUCAGCUGUUCACCUCCCUCCUCAUGCUAAUGUCCAGCAUGCUCCUUCUCCAGUGAGAAUACUUUGUCCUUUUACCAUACUCCAAAUGGAUUUCUGCUUCCUCCAUUAUAACUGCACGGCCAUAUACUUCUUAUGUAUUAUAAUCUCCAUAGUAACCGUUCUGGGUCAUAUUUAGUCAAUCCUCUAUUAUUGUUACAAAAAACUACUAAAAAGUAACAAAAUGCAGAAUAUAAAGUAACUAAAGGAGUCAAUUUUAAGAGGCAGCAAUCAGUUUAAAAUCAUCAGUUGUGUGUUGUACAUGCUGCACUGUUUUUCUUUUAAGAAUAUAUUUAGCACUUUUAUACUCCACAUUAUUGAACACUGAAUGCAUAGAAGAUUCAGGGUACUUUAGUUCAGUUUUUGUGACAAUUUAUUGUGACAGUAUGCCUGCUACUUUGUAAAAUAGGAAUGUGACAUUAAGGAUUUUAUAUAUUUACAAAAACAUCACUAACCUCAUUCCAUAAUUUAUUCAUCCUUUUCAUCUGGAGAAUUCAACAGACUGAUUCUUCCCUGCAUUCGUUAAAUAUUCUUUUAUCAAAGGAAUAUUUACUUUUCAUCAAAUAUAAAAGAAUGUUUAAGCCAGAGUUUAGCUAAUUUUAAAAACCGGGCUCUUAAAAGGGGAGAUUUUCAGAUCGUCAGUGCAAAGUACAGAUGGUGUUCACUUCCAAAUAAUAGUUUAAUAGCCAUAAGCUGUUUUUUUUAAGGACAAAGGCACCAACAGGAAAAGAAAAUGUUAUAAAUAAGAAAGGAGAAAUAAAUGCCUUCAGUUCCACAAUGUGAUUUGCUGGGGGUUUGCUCAACAUGAUAAUCUGUGGAUGAUUGGCUCUAAAUUGUUGUGUAUUGGCCAAGAAGAGACCAUUAAAUUGUCAUAAAAUGAGCCAUGUGCACAUUUUGAUACAAACCCUUGCCCCUAUUAGCGUUUGCAUAUUAAGUCAAGCUUCCCUUAUGACCACCAAAUUGGUAAAUUUCCCUUUGGACAAAUGGUUUACUAUCCAACAAUAAACCGUUAAACACUUGUAUGACAGAAAUCAAAAUACGACUGGAGGUGUCCUCAAAGUAAAGUACAGCUCUACUCCUUCUCAGGUACCUGAUACUAACACUUUGUUUAUUGCCUGUAAAAUCCUGGAUUGCAUGUAAUAGCAUGUGUCCUUUGAUGUGCAGCAAAUGUCGUCUUUAGUGCUGUAGUGGUGUUGCUACCUUGCCUGCAGCUGUUGAGAACAAUAGGUGCAUUUGUUGACAACAGCGCCUGAUGCUUUGAAUCUGUGCAGUCCUACAUGUAGUUUGGUGAAAGCUGGGAUUUGAUUGAGGUUUUGAACAGAUAAAGUUCCAAAACAAUUCAAGACUUUAAUCCUAAAUUCUGGCAUCCCAGAACAAAUUCUAAGCUUUAUAUCUGUACCUUAACCUUAUCACACAUAGUAUCUUUAUGUUGUAUCUGUCAUCAGUCUGACAAGAUUAACACUGAAACUUAAAGCACUGGCAAUGGCUUAAAACUGCCUGGAAGCAAUGGAAGUCACAGAGUCUGUCACAUUGUAUGUGAAUACUGCUGUAAGUAUUGGCGGGUCUGUAAAUAUCUCUUUUUGUGUUUCACGAACUCUAGCCUCAUGGUGUGUGUCCCGAGGAAUCUAAAUUUUGCUCUCCUUUGCCUCACACUGGGUUUGCGAGAUUGUGUAUAGUUAGGUUUAUCUGUACAUUAUUUCUUUGUGUUUGUGAUUGUCUUUUAUCUUAUCUCUUUCCCUCUGGAAAGUUUCAACCAAGUAAAUGUGCAGUUUAAAUAAAAACUGUCACUUUUGAUUUCAUCCUGCUAUUUUAAACAGAGUACUGGUGUACACACACAAACACACACACACACACACAGACACACGCUUCACAUUUCACUUUUAUUCUUGUAAUCUCCCAGUUCGUUUUCACACUGCAAGGUUUUUCCUGUUCAUUUUUGUUGAUUCUGGCAAAGUGUUUCCAAUCGAUUUCAAAUAAAAAAUUUGACAUUUUCAUACUAUCUAGGCUGUAGAAUAUCUGUAAAGUGCACUUAUUUCCCUUUAGGUUUAGAUAUUCUGUAACUGUCAUUGAGCUCAGAUUGGGACUACAGUCAUGUAUGUUUAUUUCUGGUUUGACUUGCAGUUGUAAAUGCUUUGGGUUGCUAAUAUGGUUUAUGUGCUAAAUAAAAUAAGUAACACAAUAA